UAAUAUUUUUUAUUUUUGGCAUUGCGCUUUACAAUACUUUUCGUUUAUUUGUUUUGUUUUAUUUAUUUUGUUAACACAUUUGCGUGUUGGUGUGCGAAUGUGUGCCUGCGUGUACUUAUACUGCCGAUAGCAAAAUUUUUUGGUAGGAUUUGCGGCGUUUGUGAAUUGAAAUUCACGCCAAACACAAUUGUCAACACCGUGAACAACAUCACCGACAUCACCGACCAGAAACAACAUCACAACAUCACACAGACAUUCAUUUCAAAACGUCAACAACAACAAAUGUAAGAACAACAGAAACAACAACGACAACAACGACAACAACAACGACGACGACAAUACUAACUACAACAAUGUUCUGAUUGUGAAAAGUUCUAAAUGAAAAUGAUAAUGGAGGUGAUAGAGUAAAAAAAAAAAACCAGCCGCAUCAACAACAAUGUUUUAGUGUAAAAUAAUUGCAAACAGAAAAAAAAUAUUACAAAUUUUUUUUUGCAAUUCCACAUACAUAUAUACAUACACACGUGCAUAGCUUUACAAAUGUUACUACAAAUUGAGUCAGUGAACGUACGUAUAUAUAUGUAUGUUUGUAUAUCUAUGUCUGAUGGAGGAGUAGUAACAUUUGUGAAUUUCCGGUUGAAUAACUUUUCAAGUGUACAAAGAAAGUAAGCAGAUAGAAAAACAGCAGCAACAACAACUAUACAACCAGAAUAUUCACUGACUUGCAUUGCUGACUUAUAUGUAUGUAUGUAUUUAUGUAUAUAGAAUGUAGUUGCCCGCCAAUUCCUCCCACACAAUUUUACCAUAUUAUAAAACUACGAAAGUGAACAGAGCACAAAAAAAAAAAAGAGAAAAGAAAGUAAGAACCAAAGAAAAAAAGAAAACAAACGAGCAAGACAAACAAAUGAAUACCAUUUCCAGCAUCUGCUGCAGACAGACCGACAGACAGACACAUCGAUUUAAAAUAUAUAUAAAAGUGAAAUCUUUUUCUAUUCCACACAGACAUAACAACGGCAACGACAUUGCCGCCUUUAGUGAUUGCUUAUAUAAAUGCGAGUGUAUGUACGUGAUUGCCAUUUUGUUUCGCAAGAUCAAAUUUAGUAUAAAGUGUAGCCGUUUAGAGUCUUUAAUAACGAAGAAAAGCGAACAAUUAAGUGGACGUUUGUGUGUGUGUGUAUUCCGUGAAAAGAGAAUUUGAUAAAAUUCAAUCGCAAAUUAUGCUGGCCAUGUCGACAUUAAUGAUGCCAGCGCCUACAAUAGCUGUGGGGGCGCCACCACCGCAGCUAACGAUGGCUCCUCAUAAGCCACCGGAAACCAAACUUCUAACAAUACAUCCGGCGGCUGCGGCGCAGCAGCAACAUCAACAGCAUCCGGCAUCUAUACAACAACAUAAUGGUCAGCAUACGCAGCAACAACAGCAACAACAACAGCACCAGCAUCAUCAUCAACACCAACAACAGCAACAAUUGUCAAUACAUCAACAACAACAACAACAACAACAAACUCAGCAGCAAUGUCAGCAGCAGGUCUCAUCUAAUAAUAAACCAGAACAGUAUCACAUAUUUGUAGGAGAUUUAAGUGCGGAAAUUGAGACUCAACAAUUAAAAGAUGCCUUUUCACCCUUUGGAGAAAUAUCAGACUGUAGAGUGGUUCGUGACCCCCAGACCCUGAAAUCUAAAGGUUACGGUUUUGUAUCAUUUGUAAAGAAAUCCGAAGCGGAAACCGCCAUCACAGCUAUGAAUGGGCAAUGGUUAGGUUCACGUUCGAUACGAACAAAUUGGGCUACAAGAAAACCGCCAAACUCCAAACCAGACAUUAAUGCCAAACCGUUAUCAUUCGAUGAGGUCUAUAAUCAAAGCAGUCCAUCUAAUUGCACCGUUUAUUGUGGCGGCAUGAAUGGCACUCUAGCGGGUUUUCUUAGCGAAGAAAUGUUACAAAAAACAUUUGCACCAUUUGGUCCAAUACAGGAAAUACGGGUAUUCAAGGAUAAAGGAUAUGCAUUUGUUAGAUUUUCAACCAAGGAAGCUGCAACACAUGCCAUUGUUGCAUUGCACAAUACCGAGAUUAAUCAACAAUUGGUGAAAUGUGCGUGGGGCAAAGAAAGUGGUGAACCAUUGCAUAUGUCCGCCAUCGCAAGUCAAGCGUUUGGACAGGGAUUUCCGUUUGGUUCAGCAGCAGCUGCAGCCGCUGCUGCUGCGGCAGCUGCCUAUGGUCAGCAAGUGGCCGGAUAUUGGUAUCCACCCACAGCUACAUAUCCAGCGGCAGCACCAACGGCAACUACACUGCAACCUGGUCAAUAUCUACAAGGCAUGCAAGGUUUCACUGCUUUUGGCCAAUUCGGUGGAUACCAGCAAGGAUACAUGGGUAUGGGAGUACAAUUGCCGGCCGCUUGGCAAAGUGUAGCACCGCAAGCACCAAUGACCAGCACAACGGCACCGCAAAUAACUCAAGGUGUAAACAAUGCUUUGCCUCAAACAGCAGGCGUAGUAGCGUAUCCCAUGCAACAAUUUCAAGUUAGUCCACAGUUAGCUGAAGAUGAAUGGUUAGCACCCAGUUUAUUAGUGUAGCUUCCAUGAUGGCUUCCUUUAACCGCAGAAACAGCAGCAAAUGCAAGU